AUGGCGGCGUCCGACUCGGAGCGCAAGCGAAAGCAGCCGGAGGCGGAGGAGAACAACGCGGCGGUGGUAGUAGCAGAGGAGGAUGAGGAGGAGCGCUGGGUCGGGCCGCUACCAGGAGAGGCCGCGCAGGCGAAAAAGAGAAAAGUUCUUGAAUUCGAACGAGUUUAUCUUGAAAAUCUACCAUGUGCUUCAAUGUAUGAACGCAGUUACAUGCACAGAGACGUCAUUACACACGUGGCAUGUACUAAGACAGAUUUUAUCAUAACAGCCAGUCAUGAUGGACACGUGAAAUUCUGGAAGAAAAUAGAAGAAGGGAUCGAGUUUGUUAAACACUUCCGAAGUCACCUAGGUGUUAUUGAGAGUAUUGCCGUUAGUUCAGAGGGGGCAUUGUUCUGUUCGGUUGGAGAUGACAAAGCAAUGAAAGUGUUUGAUGUAGUCAACUUUGAUAUGAUCAACAUGCUGAAACUUGGCUACUACCCAGGCCAAUGUGAAUGGAUAUAUUGCCCUGGCGAUGCCAUAUCUUCUGUUGCAACAUCUGAGAAGAGCACAGGAAAAAUAUUCAUAUAUGAUGGACGAGGAAAUAACCAGCCACUUCAUGUGUUUGAUAAACUCCAUACGUCCCCUCUUACUCAGAUACGGUUGAACCCUGUCUACAAAGUAGUAGUGUCUUCUGACAAAUCUGGAAUGAUUGAGUACUGGACUGGUACUCCUCACGAAUAUAAAUUUCCCAAGAAUGUGAACUGGGAGUAUAAAACAGAUACUGAUCUAUAUGAAUUUGCUAAAUGCAAGGCUUACCCAUCUAGUUUAAGUUUUUCACCUGAUGGCAAGAAAAUGGCCACUCUUGGGUCUGACAGAAAAGUUAGAAUUUUCCGUUUUCUGACUGGGAAACUCAUGAGAGUCUUCGAUGAAUCUCUGAGUAUGUUCACUGAACUUCAGCAGAUGAGACAGCAACUACCAGACAUGGAAUUUGGGCGACGUAUGGCAGUUGAGCGUGAGCUGGAGAAAGUGGAUGCAGUAAGAUUAAUUAACAUAAUUUUUGAUGAAACUGGACACUUUGUUCUCUAUGGAACAAUGUUGGGCAUUAAGGUCAUCAAUGUAGAGACUAACAGGUGUAUUCGUAUCUUGGGAAAACAAGAGAACAUCAGAGUGAUGCAACUAGCCUUGUUCCAAGGAGUAGCAAAGAAGCAUCGUGCUGCAAUCACUAUAGAGAUGAAGGCAUCUGAAAAUCCUGUUCUCCAGAAUAUCCAAGCAGAUCCAACAAUAAUAUGUACUGCUUUUAAAAAAAACAGGUUUUACAUGUUUACUAAACGUGAACCAGAAGAUACAAAGAGUGCAGAUUCUGACAGAGAUGUGUUUAAUGAGAAACCUUCUAAAGAAGAGGUCAUGGCAGCCACUCAGGCUGAAGGUCCCAAAAGAGUUUCAGACAGCGCCAUCAUCCACACAAGCAUGGGAGAUAUUCAUAUCAAGCUUUUUCCUGUUGAAUGCCCCAAAACAGUGGAAAACUUCUGUGUACACAGCAGAAAUGGUUAUUACAACGGACACAUAUUUCACCGUAUCAUCAAGGGUUUCAUGAUUCAGACCGGUGACCCAACUGGUACAGGAAUGGGAGGUGAAAGUAUUUGGGGAGGCGAAUUUGAAGAUGAGUUUCAUUCAACUUUGCGGCACGACAGACCAUAUACUCUCAGCAUGGCUAAUGCGGGACCGAAUACUAAUGGAUCUCAGUUUUUCAUAACAGUAGUUCCAACUCCAUGGCUAGACAACAAGCACAGUGUGUUUGGACGAGUGACUAAGGGAAUGGAGGUUGUUCAGAGAAUCUCCAACGUGAAGGUCAAUCCCAAAACGGACAAGCCCUAUGAGGAUAUCAGCAUCAUUAAUAUCACUGUGAAGUAAGAGAAGAGAUGAAGGAUCCAGCUAGAGGUUCAGCAUCAUAGGAUGUCAGGGCCUGGAAAGGACCUCAAAAGAUCAUUUAGUCCAACCAACCUCCUGCAAAGCAGGAUCACCUCCACCAAAUCACACAGGAACAUGUCCAGGUGGGUUUUGGUUAUCUCCAGAGGGAAACUCCACAACUCCCCUGGGCAGGCUGUUCUGGUGUUCUGUCACCCUCACAGUGGAAAGAAUUCCUCGAGUUUACAUGCAAUUUCCUAUGCCUCAACUUCCACCCAUUGCUCAUUGGACAUCACCAAGAGAAGCCUGGCACCAUGUUCUUGGCUCUCACCAUUUACAUAUUUAUAAACAUGAAUGAGGUCAUCCUUCAGUCUUCUCUUAUCCAGUCUACAGAGCCCCAGCUCUCUCAAUCUCUCCUUAAAAGGAACAUGUUCCAUUCCCUUAAUUAUCUUUGAGGCUCUGCAUUGGACUCUCUCAAGCAGUUCUGUGUCCUUGAACUGGACACAAUACUCCAGAUGUGGCCUCGCCAAAGCAGAGCGAGAGGAGAACCAGAGGGAACAAAAUACUGAUUCCUGGAAAAGCUCAGCACUAGGACACAAAGAAGGACUUAGGAAUUAUCAAAAUUGUUUCUGUUCUUUCUAGGUAUAAGAAUUGCAAGGACAGAGCAAUCACUAGUUGUACUGUUUUAAAUAUACCUAAAGUGCCCUAAUACUGUGUUUCUGGUAAUUUUGUAUUUUAAAGUAAAAACAUCUGUAUGCUUCUUACAAA